CCGCCGGGCCGGGGCCGCCAUGGUCGCCAUGGGGGAGGCGGCGCGGCCGCGGGCGCUGUUCCUGGCCGGGCUGGCCGCCGUCUACAUCGCCGCCUUCGGCUCCCUCUACGUGCAGAUCCCCGGGCUGUACGGCCGCGAGGGGAUCCUGCCGGCGCGCCGCGUGCUGCGGCUGAGCGGGAAGGGGCUGUGGGAGCAGCUGCGGGACUCGCCCACGCUGCUGUGGCUGGGGCCGCGCCUGGGGCUGGACACGGAGCAGGGCAUGGAGCUGCUGUGCCUGCUGGGCGUGCUGGGCGCCCUCGGGGCGCUGCUCUGCGACGCCAUGCGGGACUGCCUGGUGUUCGCCCUGCUCAGGGCGUUCUACCUGUCCCUCUACCAGGUGGGACAGGUGUUCCUGUACUUCCAGUGGGACAGCCUGCUGCUGGAGGCCGGGUUCCUGGCCGUGCUGGUGGCCCCCCUGCGGCUGCUCAGGGGGGGCUCCCCGGCCUGGAGACCCCACGACUCGGUCACGCUCUGGGCCGUGCGCUGGCUGCUCUUCCGCCUCAUGUUCGCCUCGGGCGUGGUGAAGCUCAGCAGCCGCUGCCCCGCCUGGUGGGGGCUCACAGCCCUGACGUUCCACUUCGAGAGCCAGUGCCUGCCCAGCCCGGGGGCGUGGCUGGCCCACCAGCUGCCCGCCUGGCUGCUGCGGCUGGGCGUGGUGGCCACCCUGGCCAUCGAGGUGGCCGUGCCGCCGCUCUUCUUCUGCCCCCUGCGCCGCCUGCGCCUCUUCGCCUUCUACUGCCAGGUGCUGCUGCAGGUGCUGAUCAUGCUGACAGGUAACUACAACUUCUUCAACGUGCUGACCAUCGUGCUGGGCCUGGCCCUGCUGGACGAGGAGCACGUGGGGCGCUGGCUGGGCCGGCCCCGCAGGAGGCACAGCCCCGGCUGGCCCCCCAGCCUGGGCUCAGUGCUGGCCACGCUGCUGGAGCUGGGCACCUACGGGCUGCUGCUCUGGGGCACCGCGCGCUGCUUCGGGCUGCGGCUGGACUGGGACAGGAGGCUGCUGGACUCCAGAGUGGCUUUCACCUACCACGAGUUCAGCACGUGGCUGCGGGCGGUGACGCUGCCGCUGGUGGGGGUGGCGUUCCUGUCCCUGUCCUGGGAGAUCCUGGUGGCCCUGUACCGCUGUGCCUGUGUCCGGGGCUGUUUCGGGAAGCUCUGGGCCACCCUGCAGCUGGCCAUCAUGGCCACGGCCACCCUGGGGCUGUUUGCCGUCAGCCUGGUGCCCUUCACGUACGUGGAGCAGGAGUCGCACGGGAAGCUGUGGCCCGGCGUGCGGCGCGUGUUCGGGGCCGUGGAGCGGCUGCAGCUGGUCGGCUCCUACGGGCUGUUCCGCAGGAUGACCGGGCUGGGCGGCCGGCCCGAGGUGGUGCUGGAGGGCAGCUACGACGGGCACAGCUGGACCGAGAUCGAGUUCAUGUACAAGCCCGGGAACGUGAGCAGGGCCCCGGCCGUGGUGGCCCCGCACCAGCCCCGCCUGGACUGGCAGCUGUGGUUCGCAGCCCUGGGCCCGCAGCAGAGCAGCCCCUGGUUCAGUGCCCUGCUGCUGCGGCUGCUGCAGGGGCAGCCCGACGUGAUCCGCCUGCUGCAGACAGACCCCGCCCAGUACCCGUUCCAGGCCCGGCCCCCCACCUUCCUGCGGGCCCAGCUCUACAAGUACCGGUUCACAGCCCCCGGGGAGCCCAGCCCCGGCCCCGCCCCCUGGUGGCGCCGCCAGCACGUGCAGGAAUUCUUCCCGGCCGUGUCCCUGGGAGACCCCAGGCUGGAGUCCCUGCUCAGCCAGCACGGCCUCAAGGACAAGCCCCCCGCCCGGCGCCGCCCGGGCUCGCUCCUGCCGCGCGUCCUGCGCUCCGUGCGCCGCCUGUGCGGGCGCUGCUCGGGGCCCGUCCUGCUCUGGUCGCUGUACCUGGGGGCCGCCGCCGCGGGGCUGCUGCGAGCGCUGGCCCGGCACAGAGCGCGGGGGGCGCCCCCGGCCCGGCACAGAGCGCCGCGGGACCGGGACAGGAACGGGGAGAGGAACGGCGAGCGGAACGGGGAGAGGAACGGGGACCGGAACGGGGAGAGGGGCGAGCGGAACGGGCUGCGGGGCUCGGAGGGGACACGGCUCGAGGGGACACGGCCCGAGGGGACACGGCCCGAGGGUCGGCACGGCAACAAGAGGAAGAAGUAGCCCCCCCACCCACCCAAAAAAAUCAGGGGAGGGGGCGAGUCCCCGGGUGGGAGGGGCGGCGCUGCUUGGAGCCCGUGUGCCUUCAGCGCGUGUGGUGGCCGGGAGGGGUGGGGACAGCUUGGGGACCCCUCCCCGGCGGCCGGGGAGUUCUGGGGACCCCUCCUCAGUGUUUGGGGACACCUUGGGGACCCCUCUUCAGUAUUUGGGGGCUGUUUGGGGACACCUCCCACUCCUUGGGGACACCUCCCCAGCAUUCCAGACUGGUUGGGGACCCCUCUUCAGUAUUUGGGGACACCUUGGGGACCCUGCCCCACUGUCCAGGAACUCCUUGGGGACCCGACCCCAAUGUCUGGGGACCCCUCCCCAGGGCCUGAGGUGUCCCCAUUGCCUGGGGACCCCUUGGGGACCCUGUCCCACCCCUUGGGGACCCUGUCCCACCGCCCCAGGACCCCUGAGUGGGGAGGGGGCUCGCACAGGUCAGGGCUCUGUGCCCAGGCUGCAGCAGGGUGGGCAGUGCCAGCCCCUCUGGUCACCCUGCCCAGCCCCUCAGGUCACUUUGGGGUCCCCCCCGGCACUUUGGGGUGCUCCCCUCCCAGCCCAGCUCAGCCCCAGCCCAGAGUUUCCUAUAAUUUUCUAAUUAAAGCCUUUGACAUUCCA